AUGAAUUGUACACUACACUCACUUCUCCUGCUCCUACUUGGAGUGGUGAUUCUCACCACUCCAGUCUUUGCUUCCUUCAAGCCACGCUUCUUCUACGAACCUCCUCCAACUCACAAACCACCACCACCACCACCACCACCCCACCACCCUCCACCUCAGUAUCAACCACCUCAUCACAACCCUCCACACCACCAUCCGCCACCGGAAUACCAACCUCCUCAUGAGAAACCACCACCAGAAUACCAACCACCUUAUGAGAAACCGCCACCAGAAUACCAACCUCCUCAUGAGAAACCACCACCGGAAUAUCAGCCUCCCCAUGAGAAGCCACCACCGGAAUACCAACCUCCACACGAGAAGCCACCACCCGAAUAUCAACCUCCACAUGAAAAACCACCACCCGAAUACCAACCUCCUCAUGAGAAACCACCACCAGAAUACCGGCCUCCUCAUGAAAAGCCUCCACCGGAGUACCAACCUCCUCACGAGAAACCACCACCUGAGUACCAGCCUCCUCAUGAGAAGCCGCCGCCGGAAUACCAACCUCCUCAUGAGAAACCACCCCCAGAAUAUGAACCUCCUCAUGAAAAACCCCCACCAGAACACGAACCUCCUUAUGAAAAGCCACCACCAGUGUAUGAACCCCCUUAUGAAAAACCACCACCGAAACACGAACCUCCUUAUGAGAAGCCACCACCGGUGUAUGAACCCCCUUACGAGAAACCACCACCGGUUUAUGAACCCCCUUAUGAGAAACCACCACCGGUGUAUGAACCCCCUUAUGAGAAAUCACCACCGGUGUAUGAACCCCCUUAUGAGAAGCCACCUCCAAUAGUGUACCCACCCCCACUGUACCACCCUCCAUACGAGAAACCUCCGGUUUACGAGCCACCUCCAUUGGAGAAGCCACCGAUCUACAAUCCCCCACCUUAUGGCCACUAUCCACCAUCCAAGAAAAACUAAUAACCACUGCCCAACAUCACAUGUUUUGGUCUACUCAAACGUUAGACCUGUCUCGUUUGUCGUAUAAAGUUUUUUGUUUGCGUUUAGGAAGCACUUUUAAUAUGUGAAGUACGUACAAUCUCUCUUUUCUGCA